AUGGUCAAAAAUACGUUGACCGACUUGUUGAAGCAAUUGGAUGUCCAAUCGGCUCACAACGAACAUUCCCGUGUCGAGAAAACAUGCAUCGAGCUACUUGGUGAUGCCAACUGUCAGGAGCCAGAAGUUAUGUUGAAGAAAUGUCUGAUUUCGCUUAUUAAGCAGGAUAAAUACCAGAGAGCAUUGAGCUUGUUAAAUAAGUAUAGCGAUAUUGCUGACCAAUCCAGCAGCAUUUUAAGAUUAGAGGUUUUAUACAUCUACUACAAGUUGAACAACAGGGCUGCAUUCGAGAAACUGUACAAAACGGUGGGCGUGGAUGUAGACGCAUUGGGUUCUGGAGAUUCACAGGUCUCGUACGAAAAAAGAGGGGUCUUGCAUGUCAGGGCCCAGUUUUGUCUAAAGAACGGGAAAUCGAAGGAGGCCUCAAAAUUGUACGCAUACUUGGCCACCACCAAUAACAAUGAAAAGGACAAUUUGUUGGAAUUGGCCUGUAACGAAAGGGUUCCCCUAACAUUUAGCGCCGAAUCGCAUGGGUUGCAUCCCAUUAUAACGGAUCUCAAACAGGAGUCGUACGACUUGAUGUUUAACGAAUCCUUUAUUUUUUUAAUGAGGGAGCAAUACGAAGAAGCUAUCAACCUUUUAGAAAAAGCUUUAUCUUUGGCUGUUGCUGAAGGGUUUGAAAUGGAUAUCAAUACAAUUGAAUUACAGCUGUCUUACGUUUUGCAGGUCUCCGGUAUUGACACUGAGAAGGCUAAGGCUAUAUUAAAGCAGCUUCUAGAGAAGAGUAAACCAGGUACGCCAUUGUAUCUGGUAGCGCAGAACAAUUUAGAGUCAUUCAAGGAUAUCUCAAAAAAGAAGAGUAACAUGAACUUGCUACUGAGAGAAUUAAAUUUGGAAAAGAUCAAUUCUUUGAAUUUGAAGAACUUCAAUUAUCAGCAAUGGGACACUUUGCAGAAAAAUCUACAUUCCAUUAGGUUGUAUAAUGGGGUGAAGUUGUCACCUACGAACUCUAUCUGGGCUAAAGCAGUAGCCAAAUAUAGCGAACUGGUGAACGAUGUCUUGAACGAACCAUACAAAACUCAAGCUAAGAAACUAUACAACGACUGUGCGAAGUUAGUGAAAAGUUGUCCAGAUAUCCAAACAAAUAAAGGGGCAAUUGGUACUCUUCUAGUUGCCAUCGAGCUACUAUCUGUUGAAAAGGAAUACGAUAAUGCCAUCAGGCUGGGUGAAGCAUAUCUGAACCGUUUUGAAAUCUUAGAAUUGAACCCUCAAACUACUAUUGUUGUUAUUUACAUUCUCCUGGAGCUAUAUUCUAUCACUAACAGAAACAAGUCGCGGGGAAUAUUGCUGGACAGAGUUGCUAGAUGUGAAACAGCUGCUGGUAGUACCGAGUUCUGGAAACAUAUUGGUUUCCAAUAUUUGAGAUCAGGGGAGGUCGACAACGCGAAAAACGUGUUUGAAACCAAAAUCGAGAACUCUGAAAGAGAUCCUUUGAUUAAUACCUUGCUAGGAACAGAAAACGAACAACAGAAAGAUGAAUUUGAUUUGAGUAAAGCUGCUCUCUUGGUACAGAAUGUUGAUGCUGAGCUUUUGAAAUCGUGUAAAGUUAGCCCCUUCGAAUCGAGUUCCAGGGAGAAGAACAGCAACAAUGCUGUCAUGAAGGCAAACAAGAUCAAGAAGGUUAGAAUUGAAAACAGGAAACAGAAGAGAAAGGAGUAUAAAUUGAAGAAGUUUAUUGCCUCUCACAAUAUAAAUACUGCAUCUGGUCCAAACGCUGAAAGGUGGUUGCCUCUAAGAGACAGGUCAACUUACAGACCAAAGAAAAAGCAACUGGCAAAGCAGACACAAGGUGGUGCUAUGAGCAAAAAGGCUGAGCAGUCGCUGGAUAUCUCCAAGAAGGUCAACUCGUCGGCCAAGGGCAAAUCUGUUAAGAAGGCCAAGAAGAAAGGUCGCAAAUAG